AUGCUGUUCCACAGUCUGUCGGGCCCCGAGGUGCACGGGGUCAUCGACGAGAUGGACCGCAGGGCCAAGAGCGAGGCUCCCGCCAUCAGCUCCGCCAUCGACCGCGGCGACACGGAGACGACCAUGCCGUCCAUCAGCAGUGACCGCGCUGCGCUCUGCGCCGGCUGUGGGGGCAAGAUCUCCGACCGCUACUACCUGCUGGCGGUGGACAAACAGUGGCACAUGCGCUGCCUCAAGUGCUGCGAGUGCAAGCUCAACCUGGAGUCGGAGCUCACCUGUUUCAGCAAGGAUGGAAGCAUCUACUGCAAGGAAGACUACUACAGGCGGUUCUCUGUGCAGCGCUGCGCCCGCUGCCACCUAGGCAUCUCGGCCUCGGAGAUGGUGAUGCGAGCUCGGGACUUGGUUUAUCACCUCAACUGCUUCACGUGCACUACGUGUAACAAGAUGCUGACCACGGGAGACCACUUCGGCAUGAAGGACAGCCUGGUCUACUGCCGCUUGCACUUCGAGGCGCUGCUGCAGGGCGAGUACACCGCGCACUUCAACCACGCGGAUGUCGCAGCCGCAGCAGCGGCAGCUGCCGCGGCCAAGAGCGCGGGGUUGGGUGCAGCCGGGGCCAACCCUCUGGGUCUUCCCUACUACAAUGGCGUGGGCACGGUGCAGAAGGGGCGGCCGAGGAAGCGCAAGAGCCCUGGGCCCGGGGCAGACCUGGCGGCCUACAACGCUGCCCUGAGCUGCAAUGAGAACGAUGCGGAGCACCUGGACCGCGACCAGCCGUACCCGAGCAGCCAGAAGACGAAGCGCAUGCGCACCUCCUUCAAGCACCACCAGCUUCGGACCAUGAAGUCUUACUUUGCCAUUAACCACAACCCCGACGCCAAGGACUUGAAGCAGCUCGCGCAAAAGACGGGCCUCACCAAGCGGGUCCUCCAGGUCUGGUUUCAGAACGCCCGGGCCAAGUUCAGGCGCAACCUUUUACGGCAGGAAAACACUGGCGUGGACAAGUCGACGGAGGCGGCGCUGCAGACGGGGACGCCGUCGGGACCGGCCUCGGAGCUGUCCAACGCCUCGCUCAGCCCCUCCAGCACGCCCACCACCCUCACAGACUUGACUAGCCCCACCCUGCCGACUGUGACGUCCGUCUUAACUUCUGUGCCUGGCAACCUGGAGGGCCACGAGCCUCACAGCCCCUCGCAAACGACUCUUACCAACCUUUUCUAA